UUCACGAGGAGGCACCUCGCUCUCGCUGGCUUUAGCCGUGAACCGAACUGCGCUUUGUGCGCUCGAUUUGUCAAGAGGGAGAGCUAGGAGACGAGAGCGGAGCGGGGCCGGAUGCCGCCGCGUUGAUUCGUGCUCGUCGUGCCCGUGAAACGACGACCCGGAGGAGCCGGAGGGAAAGGACUCGAGGGGGAUUCGACGGAGGAGCCGUCCUGGUCGCCGGCGACCUCGUGAACGGCGAUGUGGCGAGCAUUCCGGGCCGCUGCCUGGUUGUCGGCGGCGGUGCUCGCGGCCGUCCCGGUCAGUCCCCGGGGCCUCGAGGGGUGAGGGGGUCGACGAGGUAGCGAGUUAGCUCGGGAGCGAGGCGCCCCAGCGGAAUCGACACAGGUAGAUACCUCACCCGACAGGGAUCGGCGCGCAAUGGCAUCGCAGGGUCAGGGCACCAUCGUCGGCGUCACCGCGACGCCGGCGACGACGGCCAACGGGCCGCCGUCGACGUCGGCGCCGUCGCCCGCCCCCCUCGUCCUGGCCAGCGCGGCCGCGAAGACACAGGCUCUCCCCGCUUCCGUUCAGCCCUCGCAGUCUCAGCAGCAGCAGGCCAACAAUAUUGAGCCGCUGGACAAGAGUUCCUCCAAUACUCUCAAGCGCAAUCCAAAGAUGGAGCUGAGCAAAACUGAUUUGCUGAAAUUGCUGGGAUAUCUUGAAGGCGAGCUCCAAGCGAGGGAUAUUGUGAUAGCAGCAUUAAAAUCAGAAAAGAUGAAACAUCUUCUAAGUUCCCGGUACCUUAGUAGUACCGCAGAUCCACACGCGGCAUUAGCUCGCGACGUAGCAAUAGUAGGUGGCGUUAUUGGGGUUGAAGGAAAUCAAAUUGAUCAACAAGUAGCUAGUCUAGAAGCAUUGGUGAUGCAACAAAGAAAGGCGCAAUGUAGAAUGACAAAGGUCCUUAGAGAUGCUGAAAUUAGGCAUAGAGCAGUAAUUAAAGAAUUGGAGGAGGAAAAACGAAAACAUGAGCAUGAUACUGCUCAAGGUGAUGAUAUCACUUAUGGUCUUGAAAAGGAGCGGACGAGAUUGAAGAAGGAAUUAGAAUUAGAAAAACAAGAAAAGAAAAGAUUAGAGAUGGAAUUAAAAAAAGUUAACGAUCAUCUCGAAGAGGAGAAAAAUCGACAGAAGCAAAUAGUACUGCUUCUCUUGGCGGAACGGAAAAAGAUCAUUAUGAAAUAUAUCGAGGAGAGGAAACGAUCUGAAGAUUUGGCUCAAAUUCUCAGUGAAGAAAAGGUAAGGAUAGAUUCGAUGGCCGAAGGCCUCGAGGAAGAGAGCAAGAAAUCGCUGCAAAUGGAAGCGGAAUUGGAGAAACAAUUAGCGCAAUUCGACAUGGAGAGGCAACAAUAUCGGCAAGCCCUUACAAAAGAGGAAAAGAGGGCGAAAGAUUUCGAGACGGAAUUGGAAAAGUUGCGAGUUGAAAUGGACACGUGGAAGGAGUCGCAGACUCGUGGUCCUGCCAGAGGAGUUGGUGUAACUCCACCACCGCCUCCUGCAAAACCAGCGAAUUUAGUUGCUAUGCCAACACUCAGGCCGGCUAGCGCACCGCAAACAAUGAAAGGAACAGUUUUGGGUACAGGGACACCCAUGGUUAGUAGUAAAGUUGUCCAACCCACUGCCACAGUGUCCAGUGUUCCUGUCAGUGGACCAACCACUGGGAUUGCUAGAUCAGUAACACCUGGACAGGCACUUCGUGGGGUCGCCUAUACGCCUAAUUUAACAUCUGUAGGUGGAGAGUCUACAGCUCCUCCAGAUACACAGGCCGUAGACAAGCGACCGGUUGUACCUGCUCCCGUUAGUACCGCUGCGGCUAAGCUUAUCACGUCGUCGCAAGCCGCCGCUGCAGCGGGGAAGCUCGGCUAUCACGUCGGCCAGUCUGCUGCGAGUCCCGCCGUCAGCCCCGCUGUUCAAGCACCCGUCGUCGCCGGUGGUGGUUUACUGCCGGCGAAAAAGCCGCCGAUCUCGCGCGGUGUGCCACCCCCGGUGCCGCCAAAUAAGCCUGUGGUACCGCCGAAAAAGGAGGCGGCCGCUUACCUCAGAAGACCGGAGUCGAUGCAGUCGCAAAGCGGGCCGCAGCAGGAUACCAUCAAGUAUGGUAAACAGACGGUGGUUCCCCCGUCUCACGGAGGUGUCACGUCGGCGACGAGUGGAGUCGCUCCUCCGGUGCAGGCGCAUCAGCAACCGCUUCCGGCGAGCGUCGCCCAAGCCGCUGCCGAGGAAGAGGUCAGUAAUAAGACGGCGGACUCGAGAUAGAUACUAGAUUAACACGAAAUGAUCGUUCGUAGGAUAAAGAUGCACUUACUAAACACGCACUCUCUCUCCGACAGACGCAUAAUAAACCAUGUAAAUAUACAGGGUGUUCUAUUUUAAUCGAUCACC